AUUGCCUCACAGUGCGAGUGAGUGAGAGUGUGCUCAAUGUAAAACAAGUAUCUGUUGAAUUCGCACGAAAUGAACAAACGUUCGUGUUUACUCUGACAUUCAUGAGUUCUAGCAUUCCAUUUCGCGCAAGCAAUUUACAUAGAUCGUUUUUAGUAAUCACUCCGAUCGAUCGCUCGAAAUUCCCCCAAUCAAAUCAUAAACUCAAGCGUGAAAAAUUGCUUGAUAUGACGCGUAUUUCAUAACAUAAACGACACCAAAAAAAUAAAUCAGAAAUAAAACUCGUGUGAUUGGCGAAAGUUAGAAAACUGAAGAAAAAGAGAAUGGAAUUACCAAGUAUUUGGACGAUUUGCAUAUUGAUUUGUGUGUUUUGUGCUCGAUCGGUAACCAAUCGAGAAUCUUCGUUGCGUGCAGCACAGCAAAACCAUCAGUCCAAAGUAGCAAGUCAGCAAGAGUUUUGGGAACUUAACAAAAAACUGGGCGAUAUUGAGGAAGUGCACAAUGUUUUAUCGAAUAUAUUAAUCGAAAGAGUUUCGGGAACACCCAGCCAUGACAUUGUUCGCGAGUACAUCGUUAAUUACAUGCACAAACUCGGUUGGUCGGUUGAACAAAACGAGUUUUUCGAUGACACACCAUUAGGGCGCACAAAGUUCACCAAUAUCAUUGCCGACGUAAAUCCAAAUGCAAAACGAUAUUUAACACUUGCAUGCCACUAUGAUAGCAAGCUUAUGGAGAAUUUUGUUGGAGCCACUGAUUCGGCCGUUCCGUGUGCAAUUAUGAUGAAUAUUGCCAGCGUGUUAAAGACUCAGUUGCAAUCGGUACAAAACAGCCAACUGAGUUUGAGGUAUAUUUUCUUUGAUGGCGAAGAGGCGGUCGUUAAUUGGAAUGCCAAAGACUCCAUUUAUGGUGCACGACACCUUGCACAUAAAUGGGAUCAAGCAAAUGAACUUGAGAAAAUUGAUGUGUUAGUGCUAUUGGAUUUGCUAGGUGCAGCAAAACCAACGUUCUACAACUACUUCCCCGAAACAGAAACCUGGUACUAUCAGCUUGUCGAUAUUGAAACGCGGCUUGGAGCCUCCGGUGGUUUAGUUGAACAAGCUCACAGUAGUGCUCACCACAAAAAACGGAGCCAGGGCUAUUUCCAACCAUACAAUGUCCAAAUGCACAUUGAAGACGAUCACAUUCCAUUCCUUCGCAGAGAAGUUCCAAUUCUACAUUUAAUUCCGACACCAUUCCCUGAAGUCUGGCACACAUCAUCCGAUGACUUGCGUUCCGUUGACUUCGCCACUGUAACGAAUUUGAACAAAAUCAUCGGCAUCUUUGUGUGUGAAUACUUACAUAUCAGUUCAUCUUGAACGUGAUCAACGAGUAAUUAUACAGAAUCCUCAAGAAUCAAAAAAAAAGAAGAAGAAUCAAAACAUAGUUGUGAAUCUGUCCAUAUCUCCAUUUUAUUGCAUACACAAUCUAUAAAAUGCUUUUUAUAAUGACAAUUAUUGAUUUUUUUUAUGUGAUGAAAUAAAAAGAAAGUUUUUAAACUGCCUUUUAA